UAGACUGUGAUGAGUACUUGGGGUACGGAGGUCGGACUUGGGUGCAGGGCCCACCAGGUGCCGCCGCAACCGCAAUCCAUUUUCCAGUAGUAGCACCGACUCCGCGCGCCCACACCGCCGCGAUGUCGUGCUGGGCCGCAGGCCGCCGCUCGUCGGCGGAGAACGCCGGCGCGGGGGGCGCCAACAACAAACCGGUGGCGGCGCGGGCCGGGAAGCGCGUCGCCCUCGGGGACAUCACCAACGUCUUCCGCGGCCGCGGGAGGUCGUCCGGCGCGGCGAGCUCCGCGCCCGAGGCGAAAUUGAGUUCAACCAAAACAGUUGAUGUGAAGAAUAAGGGAUCCUUUGCAAUCCUGCGCGAUGUGAAAACGGAACAGAUUCCUGUCAGAAAACCAACCUCUGACCAAUUUGAUUGGGCAUUAUCACACCAUGACAGUGUCCUUCAGAAGGAGAAUGCCUCUUUCCCUUCUGUGCCUAGCUCACCUGGCCUGUCCGAAGAUUCAGUCUCCAUGGAGGACGCUAUGUCAACAUGCAACUCAAUAGAAAGCCCUGAUCUUGAGUUCCUUGAUGACAUGGACUCAUCAAUGGCGGCCUCUUUGCAUUGUUGGACCAAUGAUAAACUUCAUAUCUCAGAUAGUAUGGAAGUUGCAGCAUUCAACUGGAGGAAACAUAGUCCUAGCCCUAUGAAAGCUGAGAGUAUCUCUGACCUUGACAACAACUAUGAGGAUCCACAACUUUGUGCAACACUUGCCUAUGAAAUUUACGAGAACUUGCGAGAGGCUGAGACUAGUAAAAUGCCCUCAACAAAUUUUGUGGAAACCACUCAGACAGAUAUGAGCACAACCAUGAGGGCGGUGUUAAUAGACUGGCUUGUAGAAGUCACAGAAGAAUAUCGUCUUGUUCCUGAAACCUUAUACCUCACAGUCAAUUACAUUGACCGCUAUCUUUCUGUCAAAGAGAUCAGUCGGAACAGACUGCAAUUACUUGGUGUUGCCUGCUUACUUAUAGCUGCGAAGUAUGAAGAAAUAUGCCCACCUCAAGUAGAAGAGCUCUGCUAUGUUACUGACGAUUCAUACACUAAGGAAGAGGUUUUGGAAAUGGAAGCUUCUAUCCUGAAUUACUUGAAGUUUGAGAUGACGGUACCUACACCAAAAUGUUUUUUAAGGGGAUUUGUAGAUGCUGCUCAAGUGUUUGACAAGGACCCAACUAUGCAUCUUGAGUUCUUAGCCAACUACAUCUGUGAGCUGUCGCUUCUGGAGUAUAGUUUGCUUUGCUAUCUACCUUCGCUGGUAGCUGCCUCUUCUGUUUUCUUGGCGAGGUUUAUCCUUAAGCCAGCAAAGAACCCAUGGAAUUCCUCGCUUUCUUACUACACACAAUACACACCAUCUGAGUUGCGUUGUUGUGUAAGGGUACUACACCGGCUCUUCUGUUUUGGCCCUGGAAGAGAUCUUCCUGCAAUCAGAGAAAAGUACAGUCAGCAUAAGUACAAAUUUGUUGCAAAGAAGUACUGCCCUCCAUCAAUCCCCACUGAGUUCUUCCAGGAUGCAACCAGUUAGAAGCUGAGAUUACCAGUUAGUGUGAGACUGAUCCGUACAGAAUGCUGUUCAUGCAAGGAAUGCACGUGGCCUUGUGUUUAGCUGAUUGAUAGAUGUACAUAAACUGUAGAUGGGACCGGUGCGGCUAUGUUCACUUUCCUGUGGCAGCGUUGUGCUUUCUUCUGGCAUUGUCUAAAUACUUAGCUGAUGUUGCCUUCUUUACCCACUCUGUAGAGUUGUAUGCAUAUUGUACGUUUAUGAACUUGUACCAUAUGGUUCUGGACCUUACUCAUAGCAAAGAUAUAUAGUCUGGCUGAAGAUAAAGUGGAUUCAUUGGUCAUUGUUAUCUUCGGUUAUUCUGAA